AUGCCUCGCCAUGCAUUUCUUCAAUCGAAAACAACUUUAACAACAUGUAAAAAAAAUUCAAAUCAAUCUGAGAGGAUUCAUGAUAAGGAAAAUGAAAAAAAUGACAAUGAUCAAAUGAGAAAAUAUUUAACAAAUAAAAGAGACAAUGUAGUCAUAUUUCAACAGCAUGGACAAAGAUGGUCUAAGAAUCAAUCAACAUCUGAUAAACGUUCACAACGUCGGCUAUCAUCUAAAAUGGGUACUACAUUUGCAGGUUCAAGAUCAGCAGUAUCAGAGUCACCAUCAACAGUACCAAAUGGUACACGAUCGAGUCUACUGAAUAGUCUUAGUCCUCCUUCACGAGAUAAAACUGCAGGACACGUUCCAUUGUCGACAACAAUUCUAUUAAAUGAUUCACGUUCACCACCACGUAUUAAAAUCCUUGAACUACGUGCUGAAAUCGAAAGUAAACCAACAUUAAUCGAUGAAACAUCAUCAUCCGUUUUAAAAUAUAAAACACCACAGUUUAAAUCACAUGUUACUUUUCAAAUGCCACCAAUCGAUGAAAAUCAAAAUUGGAAAGUCGGAUGGAUACAAGCUUGUACACAUAUGGAAUUUUUUAAUACAUAUGGAGAUCAUGGUUACACAUCAUGGGAAUUUCCUGAAAUGGUAACACGUGAAAAGCCAUUAAUAAAUGAUAGUGAUGGACGAAAUUAUCCGUGGUAUGGUAGUUCACAUCAAGUUGUAACUAUCAACGGACCUAUUCUAUCUACAUCAAAAUAUACAGUUACAAUGAGAGAUUUUUUUCAUCCUUGGUAUGUUUCAAUUAUGAGAAGAUUUAAAAAUAAAAAUAAAAAUCAUACAAUCUAA